CUCUGAACCAUUAUGCUUUAAGUGUCUCUCACAUGAUGAUGUCCUAUGCUGGAGAAGAUUUGGAAAACAGACAUUCAUAGACUGUUGGUGGACACAAACUGGUACCUGGCCACCCCUCCAGGCCUUGCCUCUGGACCAGGCAGUGUGGAAGGAAGCAUUUGCUGGGAAACAAUGACCAAGACCCAAAAGGGAAAGACUUUUCUCUCCCACCGUUUCCAGCAGUCACUCCCCCCACGGCUGGGAUGGGGCUUGAUUUUCUCUUACUUAAAACCAAGAAACAAGGAGGAGUGCACCUCCGUCUCCGGUGUGCCUCCAGUCUUCCACUUCAGCCCUCAGUACUGUGCACACCUCAAGAGCCAAUAUUUGAAAAAGGCCGCAACGAACCUUACCUUCUCUCAGGAGGUGGUGUGGCAGCAAGGGCUGCCCAGCAUUUCUUAUAGCCAGUACAGCUUUGACCAUCUCUACAAUGUACACGACAUCAUCCAGCCUCCUCAGAUCAGGAGGGCCCGACCUCAGAAAUCCAUCAGCUUCAAGUUCUUGGAUUCUUCAGGUCCCUCAGCAAGGGUCACCUUCCAGGCUGUGAGGACAGAAAGCUCUGCCAAUCUUAAGAAGAAGCUGAAGGAAGCAGAGCCAGCAAGCUUAGUCCAGGAAACAUCUUGCCCUCUCAUUCUUCAAUCCUGUAGGGAUCCAGACACACUACGUCUGUCACUUUCUCCAGAUGUGAACCUGGAGGACAGGGAAGCCUGGCUUCCGCCGGCUGAGAAGGAGGCCAGAGCCUGGGAGGCCGUUGUGCUGGAAAAGCUGAACAAGCGCACUGCCCGAUGGAUCCAGAACAAGCGUCCUCUAAGGUCUGGUGUAUCCCCCAACAAGUGGCAGAGCUUCUUGCGCCAGCAGUAUGACUGGAGUCACAUCCGGGAUGAGCUCACUUCUGACAGCGACCUGGAGCUCUUGAAACAGCUAGAGGAAGAAGAGACAGCAGAAUUUGAGGGUCAAACUGUCAUCCUGCCCACCCAGGAAAAUAAGAAGCCAGAACUGCUGCUUCCUGUUUAUUACAGAUUGCCCAAUUACUUGCCACAAGUGCAGACUAUUGAAACCAUGCCUGACAAUAAUAUCGCUGAGGAUAUCAGUGGAAAGAGGAGCAUCUGCCAGCCCCGAAACCAGAGCUACUUCCGACAAGUAAAUUCCCGAGCUGGAAAGUUUGCUUACUCCACAGACAACACCUUUGAACAGGAGAUUUACUUUGAUAAAGUCCAGGUCAUCCACAAGAUUGGUGCAAAGAGAGACCAAAUUUUCCUGGAAAACCUCAAUCGGUAUGACAAGCAGCUAUGUACGGUCUUCCCUCAAAGCCCAGAAAGGUGGACUUCCCAGCCAGUUCCUGAAGCACCUUGUAGGCCUGUGAAAGGGACCCUGCGCUGGACUGCUUUGCCCACCCCAGCCAAGGAUCUGCUGCUGCAGGCGGGUGAAGAGGACGCGCCCAUUAAGACCAGGAGACCCAAGAAGCUGUCAAAAUCACUGAAGGAGGAUGUGACUUGGGAACUGGUGGUCCUGCAGAGGAUGCUGCAGGAAUGGAAGACUGCCUGGGCCCGAAUCAUUGAGUGGCACCAUGAGACAGUAGAGGGCCUGCUGCGGAGCUUGGGGGACAUGCAUGAUGACACCCGGAUCCAAGCCAUCCUCACAUGUGCCACAGCGGCUUUAGAACGGCCCCGGAUUGUCACCAGCCAGGGGGACUCAGACAAGGAGCCCGUGAAAGCCCCACCUAUCCAGGACUUGCCAGAGGUUCUACAGCCCGCCCUGGAGGCUGCUCUUUGUGACAAGAAUGAGCAUGUGCGGAUGGCAGCAGCGGUAUGCCAAUACGCCAUACAGUCACAUAAUCCCGUUGCCCGGGACAUCAUGCAGACUGCCCUUUUGAAGGGUAAUAGCGUGGACAGCUGGGCUGCAGCUCAGUGCUUGGCUCUGGAAGGUGCUGCCACUUACCCCGUGAUUAAGAGGAUCCUCCAUCAGCUGUUUACCAAGAGGAAUGAGGAAACUGAGCACCAGUCUUGUAUGCUCCUGAGCCAUCUCAGUGGGAAGACAACCCUGAUACACACCCUGCUUGCCGUGGAGCUGAACAGCCGUCAAUGGAAGGAUCGGAUUGUGGCCUGCCGGGCUGUCUCCCAGAUCAGUGGAAGUGUCAGUUUGGAUAUGAAACAUAAGUUGAUCCAGCUGAUGUUGAAUGACUGGCAUAAGGAAGUGAGACAAGCAGCUGCCCAAGCUCUGGGGCACAAGAGCCUUGGGAAGGAGGUGCAUGACACAAUCAGAGUCAAACUGAGUCAAGGAAAUCCCCAGGAGCGUGUGGAAGCCCUCUCCCUGAUUGGUAGGCUCAAGCUCAUGACCGCCAAGCUUCUCCCAAGCUUCCUGAACUGCUUCUCUGAUGACUUCAUGGCAGUUCGACGGGCAGCCUGUUUGGCAGCAGGUGCCCUGCAGAUCCGUGAUGAGAUGGUCCUUGAAUGCCUUCUGAAUCUGACACAGAGAGAUCCUUACUGGAAAAUCAAGGCCUUUGCCAUUCGAGCUUUGGGACAGAUUGGCCAAGUGAGUCCGCAAGUGACAGACCUUCUGCUCUGGGCCAUCCACUAUGAAGAGUCACCAGGUGUACGACUAGAAGCUUGCCGUAGCAUCCUAGCCCUGAAACUUCAAGGAGACCGGGUCAGGGACACCUUCCUAGACGUGCUGCUCCUAGAGAACCACAAUGCUGUUCUAAAAGAAAUUCAUCAGGCAAUGAAGAUACUUAACUUAGAAAAUGAAGGAAACCAAGAAAUGCUUCAGGAGAUCAAGAACAGGAUUCAAACACUAAGCCAAAAGGACUUGCUGACGCAGAAAGUAUUCAAGAUUGAGAUGGUCAUAGGAAAAGUGAAGGAGGAAGCAAAACGUGUUUACUUGCAACCCAAAGAGGGGCAAAAGCCACUCAAAUUCAAUAGUUUUCUCCAAGAAACUUUUAAAGGUAGGUCUCCUGGAGGUGAGUCCCGUGUCUUCACUCCUUUUAACAAGACUUUUCCAUGA